UCGGCACCCAGCAGACAGACUACCCGCGCCGCGCCGCGCCGCGCCGCCGGUCGCUCCUCCUUCCCCGCCGUCAUCUCCAAUCGGACCUCCGCGCACACCACCGUCGGCCUCCGCCGCACCGCGCCGCUCCUUUCCUGCGCCGCGCUGGGCUCCUCGUCGCCAUGGGCAAGGCCUCCAAAGACAAGCGGGACAUCUACUACCGGAAGGCCAAGGAGGAGGGAUGGAGGGCUCGCAGCGCCUUCAAGCUCAUGCAGAUCGACCAGGAGUUCAACAUCUUCCACGGAGUGAAGCGUGCCGUUGACCUGUGCGCUGCUCCUGGGAGCUGGAGCCAGGUUUUGAGCCGCAAUUUGUAUCUACCGGCAAAGCUAUCGUCUGACGGCAAAGAUGGUGGCCUUCCUCUCAUCGUCGCAAUCGAUCUGCAACCGAUGGCUCCGAUAGAAGGUGUCAUACAAGUGCAGGGCGACAUCACCAAUGCUCGAACAGCGGAAGUGGUUAUCAGGCAUUUUGAUGGAUGCAAAGCGGACUUGGUUGUCUGUGAUGGUGCCCCUGAUGUUACUGGACUUCAUGAUAUGGACGAGUUUGUUCAGUCCCAGCUUAUAUUGGCGGCACUGACAAUUGUGACUCAUGUACUCAAAGUUGGUGGAAAAUUUGUUGCGAAGAUUUUCCGGGGUAAAGAUACAAGUCUCCUGUAUUGCCAGUUAAAGCUGUUCUUCUCACAAGUUACAUUUGCAAAGCCAAAAAGCAGCCGCAACUCAAGUAUCGAGGCAUUUGCAGUUUGCGAGAACUACUCACCUCCAGAGGGCUUCAAAGAGAAAGAUUUAUAUCACCUGCUGGAGAAAGUGGGAACUCCUUCUGGGGCUGAUGAUCUAGAUUGCAGAAGCGGAUGGUUGGAGGGACCAAACAAGGUCUACAUCCCGUUUCUGGCUUGCGGUGACCUCAGCGGUUACGAUUCAGACCGCUCAUACCCCCUUCCAAGCACAGAAGGCGGCACCUACCAGAGCCUAGAUCCAGUCCAGCCUCCCAUCGCCCCGCCAUACAAAACUGCAUUGGAGAUGAAGAAGGCGUCUAGCCACGGCGCUGGCACAGAUACCAGCAAAUUAUCUCUUGACCCCCAAACAACAUUAUAGCUUCAGCUUAUGCUCAUCUACCCAAUCGCCACAUGGAAACAUAUGAAUCGUCCUGCAGUGACGUUCAGCACAUGUUGCAGAGUAGAUGCUGAAGUUGAAGCUGAAUUUUGGUUAUUCAUCCAAUCUUGAAGGCAAUAGCAUGUGGAAGAGAUGGUAUAAACCGAGGGGUAUGCAUGCCAUGGGCUAAGCAAACUCUGUAAUGAACUAUAAGCCUGGAUCACCAUUGUAGUACUUUGCCUUGUGGUCAUUUCUGGUAUUUUCCAUAUUGUACUGCGUGUAAGCGCAAAGAAUCGUGGCAAACGGUGCUUUAUGAGAAAUUCAAAAAUGAAGUCUUGAAUCAUACACAGUUGAUUAUUAAGCAAUGUGAAGGAGAGUGGUAA